AUGAAACCUUCAAAUCAAGAUGAGAGUGUAAAGGACUCGGCCAAUAACAACAAUGAAGAAAAAGUAAGAGAUCAAAAUCAAAGCUCAGCCAAUCACCAUCAUCAUAAUAGCAACCAUGAAAAUUUCGAUUAUGAAAGACAACAAGAGUAUAAUUACCAAUAUUCAAACUUAGCAACUACUUAUAUACCACAAUACACAAUUGAUGGUUCAUACCCAAUUCAAGAAGUUGUUCCAAAUACCCAAAUGGCAAUGUCUGGUGCCGACUCAGCAUUCAACAGGGAUGGUGAUAAUGCAUCCAAUCUAAGGCAGAGAGCAAAGACUCCAGUUGCUUCAAAUGUCUUGGAUGUCGGUGAUUUUUACAGAAAUGCAGACGAUGGUCAAGCAAAUACAAAUCAACAAGGUGAAGGUAAUGGAUAUGAUGAUUUUUCCCCAGAUCCAAGAAACGUACCACUAAUGGUUAAACCAAAAACUUUAUACCAAAAUCCUCAAACUCCUACCGUUUUACCUUCCACUUACCAUCCAAUCAACAGAUGGUCUUCUAUUAAGCACACUUACUUAAAGGAAUUCUUAGCUGAAUUCUUGGGUACUAUGUUCUUGGUCAUCUUUGGUGACGCUGUUAGUGCUCAAGUUGGUUUAGGUGCUAAGGCCCAACAAGAUCAAUUCGCAAAGACUUUAGCCAAUCUAGAAGCUGCUGGUAUCAUCACAAGUGAUCAAAUUCAAAUCUUUACUUCUUUUGAAGACAUUAUCAACUCUCAAGGUGCUGGUACUUUUGACGCCAUUCCAUUCGGUUGGGCAGCAGCAGUUGUAAUGGGUUAUUUCGCCGCUGGUGGUAGUGCUAUUUCUGGUGCCCAUUUAAAUCCUGCUGUCACCGUAUCUAACUUUAUCUACAGAGGUUUGCCAUUAAAGAAGGUCCCAAUUUACAUCGCUGGUCAACUAUUAGGUGGUUUCUUAGGUGGUUUAAUUGUCUUUGCAUACUAUAAGAAGGUUAUUAAGGAAACAUUCCCAGAUUGGAGAUCUAACCAAAGUGUUGCAUCCAUGUUCUGUACUUUCCCUCAAGCUUAUUUGUCUACCGCUAGACAAGUUGUAUCUGAAUUUGUCAACACUGCUAUGUUCCAAGCUUCCUUGUUUGCAUUAACUGAUCCUUACACAAGUUUGUCCACUGAUAUUUUCCCUGUUAUGUUAUUCUUCUUAAUUUACAUCUUAAAUGCUUCUAUGUCGUACCAAACUGCCUGUGCUAUUAAUUUGGCGAGAGAUAUGGGUCCAAGAUUGGCUAUCUAUGUCGUUGGUUUCAAGAGAGCCUUAAUUUGGGAUUUCCACCAUCAUUACUUCUGGGUUCCAAUGAUUGUUCCAUUCAUUGGUGCUACUUUUGGUGGUUUGGUUUACGAUAUUUGUAUCUAUCAAGGUCAUGAAUCUCCAGUUAACUGGCCAUUAAGUAUAUACAAGGAGAAGUUCUUGAGAACAUGGCACAGAAGACCUGGCUGGAAGGCUAGAAGCAGAGAAAGAGCUACAUCUGAAUUGAGUGAUUUCUCAUACAAUGAUAAUGACAGCCAAAUUGGUGAUCAAAAGUUGAAACCAGCUAGAACCAGAACUAAGUCUAACGGUUCUUCAGCUGAUGACUCUAAACAAAAGUCAGUUCAAUUCAGACCUGUUCAAAGAGGUAAGGGUUACGGUAAUGGUGUUCCAACUAUCCUUGAAGAAGGUGACUCUAUUGAAACCGCUUCAUUGGGUGGUGCUUCUCAUGCAUCUGUGAUGUUAACUGAUGGUUCUUCCUCACCAGAAACCGUCAAAGAUUCUAAUGAAAAAAACUAA